AUGAACCAUAUGCGUGGUCUCGUUUCCAGCGCGCAGGCCCUGCGUCAGACAUUCAUCUCAACUCAUAUAUCCUCCUCCGCCAUUGGAUUUGUACAAUUUCUUUCUCCACUCCAUGUUGUUCAAAAGAGAUACUUCCAGCCCUCUUUCCGCCUCGCAGCUCGCCCUGCGCCAACUGCUCGCAAGAUGUUGACGGCUGAUGAGGCUAUACGGGCACCUUAUGUCCAAAUAGUCAACGACGAGGGAAGCCUUAACGAACCUGAAAGGCUCCAUGAUAUACUUGAUUCCUUCGACCGCUCCAAGUUCUUCCUUCUUCAAGUUUCACCAGGGGGUCCGAGGGAACCCCCAGUGUGCAAAAUUCUGAAUAAGAUGGAAUAUCGAGCUAGUGAAAAGGCUAAAGAGAAGGCGGCUAAGGCAUCUAAGGUCCAAUUAAAGCAGAUCGAAUUAAACUGGGCUAUUGAUGCACAUGAUCUUUCUCAUCGCUUGAAACAAUUGGCCACCUUUCUGGAGAAGGGGCGGAAGGUGGAGGUCAUCUUGAUCAAAAAGAAGCAUAAGCGCUCAGCGACAGUUGAUGAGAUCAAGCAUGUCAUACAAAGUGUCAUGGAUGCCACAAGAGAAGCUGGAGGUACGUUGGUCAAGCCCAUGGAAGGGGAACCUGGAAAGCAAGUUACUAUCACGGCGAAGAAGGACUGA